CUGCCCAUCGUGGCGCAGCAGCAGGAGCGGGGACAGGCAGCGGGAAGGUCAGCUCGCUUCACCUCACAGAGAUAAAGCAACGGCGACCCUGGGCAACCAAUGCCUGGGCACAAGGGUAGGAGGACGGAGAAGGGGCAAGACCAGAGACGCUGCCUCGGCCAAACUCGCCGCUCCCAGCUGCGAGGUGACGCAGCGGUGCCGGGGCUGCCUGGGCAGCCGGCCCACUGCUCAGAGCCACCGGAGCAGCGCCUGGGCGGCUGCGAUAGACUGGAGGGGACCCGUGAACAUGUCCAGAUAGACCCGUGCUGAGUCACGGCUGGGAGGCCCCGCAGCUUCCCCCUCCCCGGCGGCAGGUCCCGGCACUCGCCCCAUCGCUCCUCCCCGCUUCAAAAAGGAAGGAAAGGGCGAGCCCCAGCCCGCCCCGGGGUGUGAGCGCAGCCGAGGUGCCCGAGCCGCCGAAAGCCUCCUGCCCGAGCUCCGCAGAGCACGGACGGACUCACCACAGCAGUGAACAUCCCGCGGUGCCUCCCUGUGCUGCCAGGAUGGAGGGUGGACAGGACAACACCAAGGAGCCUGAGAUCGAGCUCUUUGUGAAGGAGGCUGGAGAUGGAGGUUGGAGUGUGGGAUCACUUACCAUGAAGGCUAGCUAAGCAGGUGCCCAGAGGAGGGGACCAGGUACACGCUGGUGUGGGUACAGGCUGGUCUGGAUGGAGAAAACAUUGGAAACUGUCCCUUCUGCCAGCGGCUCUUCAUGGUGCUGUGGCUCAAAGGGGUCAAGUUCAAUGUCACCACGGUGGACAUGACCAGGAAACCUGAAGAGCUGAAAGAGCUAGCGCCUGGCACCAACCCACCUUUCUUGCUGUUCAACAAAGAGCUGAAAACAGACUUCAUUAAGAUUGAGGAGUUCCUGGAGCAGACCCUGGGCCCACCCACGUAUCCACGCCUGAGCCCUAAGUACAAGGAGUCGUUUGAUGUGGGCAGUGACAUCUUUGCCAAGUUCUCAGCUUACAUCAAGAACCCGCGCAAGGAAGCGAAUAUCAGUUUGGAGAAGGCCCUGCUGCGGGAGUUCCAGCGGCUGGAUGUCUACCUAAACACCCCUCUCCCCGAGGAGAUCGACCAGGACAGCGUGGAGGACAUCACUGUCUCCAAGAGGAAAUUCCUGGACGGAGACCACCUGACGCUGGCUGAUUGCAACCUGCUCCCCAAACUGCAUAUCAUCAAGAUUGCAGCCAAAAAGUACCGCGACUUCGAGAUCCCAGCAGACAUGACGGGUGUCUGGCGGUACCUCAACAACGCCUACGCCUGCGAUGAGUUCAGCCACACGUGUCCUGCGGACGAGGAGAUCGAGCACACCUACGCCAGCGUCGCCAGGAAGAUGACCUAACCCCAGCGAGCUGGUGGCACCGCCCCGGCCGAGCCCUCCAGCUCCGCAGUCCUGACACAGCCAAGCCCCAGCCGAGGGAGGGACUGGAGGGGGUUUAGGUCAUCGCUGCCCCUUGCCUGUCAGAAAUACCGCCCUGCUUCACAGCCUCCCGCUGCUCCUCCCCCUCCUCUUCUGGCUGGCUGCAGCCCAUGUGUGCCAGCGCCGCUGGCCGCGCAUACGGACUGGUCCCUGCGUGGCUGCAGGGGCAGCUGCAUCCCUGCUCCCCAGAAAGGGGUCUCUCUGCCUGUGGCCGUGUGUCACGGGCAAAGCCAAGCCCCAGCCAAGCUGCACUAUGAUGGAAAGGACGAUGCCCUGCAGAGGGCUGGGCCAGCCUCGCCUCAGCAUCUGCUGCCGCCCUGCCCUACCAGCCCUGCGCUGUCCCGGCCGUCCCAGUGCACUCAGGAAGAGGCAUCCCGGGGUCCCUGUGCAGCACCUGGGCUGGAGCUGUUCAAAUUUACCUGCUCACCCUUCUACACCUCGCAGCUUGCACUUGGGCCAGCUCUCUCCUCCACCGAGGCAUCCAGGCACCAUCUGAAGACAGUGAAAGGUUCUGCCCUGGUAGUUUGUUGUAGUGACCAGUUGUUGCCACUGCCAGAGUUGUAUUGUCCUCAUUACAGUGUAGAGCAGGAAGAUGCUGGGGAUGAUCCAGGAUCUGCUGUGGGAGGGCAGGUGGGCUGCAGGGACUCAUGAAGGUCUGAGGAUCAGGAUAUCCCUCCCAGGGCAAUGUGCUGCUGACUGCAAGCUCCCACCUGGCUCCUGUGAGCCAAAAAAACCUCUCUCUGCCUUGCAGGACACUUAGGAGAUGCAGCCAUGUGCUACUUCAGCUUCACCAUUCACUCUCUGGUCUCCCUUGGCAAUCCAGGUGCCUGACUGAGAGAUAGAGCCCUGGGGUAGGGCACUCAUUUGAUUUCCACGCCCCAGUGCUAGAGAGCCUGCAGAAGCCUGCAGAAGCUGCUUUGCAAAGUGCUGUGCCUGUAGGAGAUGUGCAGGCAGGUUUCAUCCUUCCUGGCCCAGCCUUGCACCCAUCCAGUGUUGCUGUGCAGGAGGAGUCAGAGCUGCUCUGCACAGCCAUGCCAUCCCUUCCUGCCCACACGACUUCUCCAGCUCCCCCAGGGGCUCCUGCCAGUGCUGGUGAAUCCACCCAGCCCUUGCCAGCCAGCCCCAUGGGCAGACAAAUACUGUACAGUGAGCGUGGGGGGGACACGGCGAUGCAGACCCCCAGCCCUCACUGCCUCCCCCUCUUUGCACUAAGGUGUGUCCCUGCAAGCCUGCUGCUGACAGCAGUGGGCGUGGGGACUGGGGCUUUGUUAUUGGUGGGUUUUGGUUUGUCUGGGUUUUUUAAGACUAAGAACAGCAAUAAACUCUAUUUUAAUACGC